AUGUCAGUGUUGCAUUCAUCCAAUGAGAAGUUCCAAGUUUCUACAGCCGACUUUUGGGAUGGCAUUCUUUCCUUGGAUGAGGCUGGUAAACCGCUGGUCAACGUUGGGUAUUUUCCAAGUUACUCUGUUCUAAAACGUGCUAUGCUGAGCUAUGGGUAUCUAUUUGAUACUCCAGGCACUAAGGCUUCAACCUCUGGAAGCACUGCUGCAGGUAGCUCUGAUAAUGGUCCGCCUCAUAACAUCAUUUCUUGGUUAAGAGUUGUAUCUGCUGGCCGCAAAAUCAGGUCACAUUUAUACAUGAUGAGUACGCACAAAAUGGAUUAUGAAGCUAGCAUGCACGAUGUCUUGGAGCGCUUGCUACAUGAUGAAAGUGCAAAGCCAUGUGCACUGCCACUAUCACUUCUAAGAGCCAUCACAAAUAAUUUCAAUGGUGCUUGGGAAAUUGGAAGGGGUGAGUUUACUGCAGUUUACAAGGGUGUGCUUCGAAAUGGAACAGUCGCUGUGAAGAAGAUGAAUCAUGAUCCGCGAGAAGAUGAGCAAAUAUUCCAAAAUGAGCUCAGUUGUCACAUGGGGUUGAAGCACAAGAAUAUAGUCCGAUUACUGGGAAAUUGUGCUGAAGCACAGUCGGAGAAGCUGGAGCACAAGGGAAAAAUGAUCUUGGCAGAAAAGCUUGAAAGGCGCAUUGAGGAUACGCUCGUGGAUGAAAAAAUGGGGACAUGGAAAUAUACGGCACCUGAAGUCUUAGAUAAGAGAGUGGUCACAUUGAAGGCGGACAUAUACAGCCUUGGUGUUCUAAUCAUGGAGAUACUGACAGGGCAGAAGGAAUAUUGCGUAGUAGAGAAUGUACUCAAAAGCUGGGCUGACAGAUUGGGAACAUCACUAGAAGACACGCGCUUGGAACAAAUACGAGUAUGUGCUGAGAUUGCCAUAAGCUGCCGCAACCGUGACCCUGAGAAGAGACCAGAUGCAGGGCAUAUAAUCAAGAUGCUCGAUGAAACGGAAAGUACGGAUCAGUUUACCGAACCUGAUGAAAAGGAAUCUGUGGACGAGUUUAAACCUGAUGAACAGACUAUGGAUCUGAACAUACUCGAGCGUGUAGUAGCUGGAAGCGAGGAACCAAGCCAUCUAGAUUUGUCACUUCUACAGAGCAUCACAGAAAAUUUCUCUGAGCAGAGAAAAAUUGGUGUUGGUGGAUGUGGAGACGUUUACAAGGGCAUGCUUCGAAAUGGAAUUGUUGCUGUGAAAAGGCUUUUCAACAACCGAACAAUUAAAGACAAGAUGUUCCAUCGGGAGGUUCAAAGUUUGAUCACGGUUAGGCACAAAAAUAUAGUACGAUUUCUAGGUUAUUGUUCUUUUACGGAAGAACGCGUGUCAAUAUUUGAAGGAAGAACAAUUAUGGCUGAUAUACGGGAAAGGUUGCUCUGUUUUGAGUACAUAAGCAACGGUGACCUUGAGAGCCAUCUCACAGAUGAACUGAGGGGACUUGAAUGGCAUACUCGUUAUGAAAUUAUUGUGGGGAUCUGCAAAGGUUUGCUCUAUCUUCACAAGGAGAAGGAUAUCGUCCACAUGGAUCUCAAACCUGCGAAUAUACUGCUAGACGAUCUCAUGGUGCCCAAAAUUACAGAUUUUGGUCUAUCGAGACUUGACAAUAAUUCACAAGCAGCGACCACAUCGCGUCUUAUGUCACCAAUAUAUUGUGCUCCAGAAUACUUUCUCGAAGGCAAAUGGUCCAGCAAGUCAGAUAUAUAUAGUUUGGGAGUAAUGGUUACAGAGCUGGUGACAGGAAGUAAAAAGGGGACCGAUCUUACCAAAGUACUUAGAAGAUGGAGGCACAGGUGGAUUAAAUCAUCAAAGCAUACACCCUUGGGUUAUCAACAAGUGACAAAAUGCCUCGAGCUGGCCCAAAGAUGCAUCCAAAUUAACCCGACAGCCAGACCUGACAUAGUAUACGUAAUGGAUGAGCUCAACACAAUAGGUAGUAAGGGUGGCCAAUUGCAGGAAAUCCCUUGCCUGGAGGACAUGCUUGGGAUUGAGCCGCUGGAAAUACACUUCCCCUUUAAACUUGACCCGCAGAUAUCACACUCAAUUGAGCUGACCAACGAUACGGAUGAUUACAUUGCCUUCAUGACAAAGGCAAGGUCACGCCGCUUCCGCAUAGAGCCAGACAAGGGCAUUGUCCCACCAGGAUCCAAGUGUAGUGUCACCGUAACAACGCAAGCACAGGUCAAUGCACUGCCAAAUAAUCACCACAAGGAGGAGAUCACCGUGCUGAGCACCAGAGUAGAUGGAGGUCUUGCUGCUAUGGAUAUAACUGGAGACGUGUUCAUUGAGAAGGAGGGUACUGUGGUUGAUGAGGUGAAUGUGAUGGUUGUUUUUGACAAACCACCACUGGCUGAUGAGGAAUCCUGA